UUGAUAGGAAAAAUUUUAUAUUUACUUUAAAUUCAUAAUUAUAAGUAAAUAUAACUAAAUAAUUACAAGUUUGAAAAUGCUAGUUUGUACAGAUGUUCAUUAUCGUAUUUGAUAGUAUUCUAUGCUGUAAGGCUGAUUCCUUUUUAUUUUUGAGAGGUUAUUUGAAUGUUCAUUUACAAGCAAACAUGUUUCAAGCUUUUCGUAAGUCAAGUCGAGUAAAAAUAUCUACUGCUUGUAAUUUUCACUCAACACAGUUGCAAUGUGUCAAAGAAAAAAAUUUUUCUCAAAAACUAGCGGAUGGACCUAACUUGGAACAUUUUAUUGCUGGUACCUACAAAGAAUAUAAUGGAAAAUUGAAGUUAGAAAAAGGUGAUAAAUCUCGUUUGAAAUUACCACCUUGGCUUAAGACAGAAAUUCCAAUGGGUAAAAAUUAUAGUAGAAUAAAGUCACAAUUAAGACGAUUACAAUUAAGCACUGUAUGUGAAGAAGCGCGAUGUCCUAAUAUUGGGGAAUGUUGGGGAGGUGGUACACAUGGAACUGCAACAGCUACUAUUAUGUUAAUGGGCGAUACAUGUACCCGUGGUUGUCGUUUCUGUUCUGUAAAAACAUCACGCACACCAUUACCAUUAAAUCCGGAGGAACCAGUAAAUACGGCAACUGCAAUAACAAAUUGGGGUUUGGAUUAUGUUGUACUUACAUCGGUAGACAGAGAUGAUUUAAGUGAUGGCGGAGCUAGUCAUAUUGCAGAAACAGUGAAGGAAAUUAAAAAAAGAACUAAUAUUUUAGUGGAAUGUUUAGUACCAGAUUUUAGGGGAGACAAAAAUUGUGUUGAAAUAAUUGUUGAUUCUAAUCUUGAUGUGUUUGCUCAUAAUAUUGAAACUGUUGAACGUUUAACUCCAUUUGUUAGAGAUAGACGAGCUGAAUAUAGACAAUCGUUGAAGGUAUUAGAAACAGCAAAAGAAUGUAAUCCAGAAUUAAUUACAAAAUCAUCGAUAAUGUUAGGAUUGGGGGAAACUGAUGAAGAAAUUGAGCAAACAAUGACAGACUUAAGAGAAGUAGGUGUAGAUGCUUUGACACUUGGGCAAUAUAUGCAACCUACAAAAAGACAUUUAAAAGUAAUUGAAUAUAUUACACCUGAAAAAUUUAAAAAGUGGGAAAAUAUUGGAAAUGAACUAGGAUUUUUAUAUACUGCAAGUGGUCCAUUAGUGCGUUCAUCAUAUAAAGCUGGAGAAUUUUUCUUAACAAAUAUAUUAAAAAAACGUAGAAACAAACAGAUUGAAAACCAAUAAACAUAUUUGUUUUAAAUGUAAUUGAAAAUACUUGUGUAUUCAUGUAUAAUAGUACAAAUUAUUGUAAAUUUGUAUAUAAAGGAAUAUUAUCAAAUCAUGGAGAUAAUUGUAAUUACAUGGCUAAAGAAAUGUAUUAUAUAUAUUGAAAAUUAACAAAAUUUUCAUGAUUCAUAAUAUCCUAUUAUUGUAUUGAAUAUGACGAGGAAAAAUACAAUUUUUAAACGUAAAA